AUGCAUUUGCUUCACUUCCUCCGCUCAGCUCGUGCUGACGGGUGCCGCUGCCUGAUCUACGGCACCCACGGCCGAUCCAGACCAGCGGCUCUGGCCAUGGGCUACAUCAUGGCAGACAAAGGGCUCUCGUUUGCUGCUGCGUUGAAGGCAGUGCGGCGCAAGUACCCUCUUGCACAUCCGUCCGCCGCGCUGGUGGAUGCGGUGACGACGCUCUCGUCGCAGUCCGAGGAGGCUGCCGGGAAGUCGGUCCUGAAAGCCUGGGCUGGCAAGGAAGCAGGUGUGCCAGGCUCGGAGUCAGCGCCCUUGGCUCUGACAAAUGGCAGUGCCAAAGCCGAGCUGGAUGAGGAGGCCCUGGAAACUGCCGUGCGGAAACUGGGCGAGCUGCUGCCGGUACCUGCAGACCUCCGUCGUGAGGCUUUGAUUCGCUUCUCCGGAGACAUCGAGAGGGCCGCCUCGCAGCUCGUCUCCUGGCUGGAAGGAGAUGUGCCGCAAGGGUCUGCCUCGUCCUCCUCCGUGGUGUCUGCAUCCGCAUCUGCGUCCGCAUCUGCAGCGGCUUCUUCGUCAGGGCGGCCGGAGCCCGCGGCUUCCGCGCGGAAGCGCAGCGCUUCGGAGGAUGGCACAGCCACCUCCGAGCCGCGCACAGAGGCUCCACGCCUGGCCCAGUGCUAUCUCGAGGGCCAGGAGCAGCUGCCUGAGUGCAUCAUCUGUGGCCGCAGCUCCAAGCGCGGUGGCACGGUACCGGAGCCCCAUGCAGACCUCGGCUGGGUGCACGGAGUUUGCCUGCAGCAAGCCAGCUGGUCUUAG